GUCACUCGUGUAACUAUACACAGUCGAAUUAAUAGGUUCAAGAUGGCAAGUGAGGUGAACGAGCUGACAACUCAAACGAUUGAAAAUAUUACCGAAAACAAUGUCCCGAUAACGGGAAGAGUACCCUCGACACCCGAGGGAAUGGCUAUUGCUUAUGGAAGUUUGAUAAUUAUGGCUAUUUUACCUAUUUUCUUUGGUAGUUAUCGAGCUGUUAAACACCAUAAGGAGCAGCAGCAACAAUAUAAAGAAAGUGGAGAACAGCCAGACAUAAUGUCUCGCAAAGAAGCAGCAAUAUUUCCUUUCAUUUCCAGUUUUACAUUAGUCGGUCUUUAUGUAUUAUAUAAGGUAUUCGCAAAGGAAUAUGUCAACCAAAUUUUAGCUGCAUAUUUUUUCUUUUUAGGAAUUUUAGCUUUAUGCCAUCUUACUAGUCCGUUAAUUUCAUCUUUGGUACCUGCCGCAAUUCCAAAAACUCAGUAUCACAUACUUUUUACUAGAGGCGAAGGUGACAAGGCGAAACAUAUUAUCAAUUAUAAAUUUAAUCUUCACGAUAUUGUCUGCUUGAUAUGUUGUUCGCUCAUUGGAGCUUGGUAUUUAUUAAAGAAGCAUUGGAUUGCCAAUAAUUUAUUUGGCAUUGCGUUUGCAAUUAAUGGAGUUGAAUUAUUGCAUUUAAAUAAUGUUAUAACAGGAUGCAUUUUGCUUUGUGGACUACUCUUUUAUGAUGCAUUUUGGGUAUUUGGUACCGACGUGAUGGUAACCGUGGCAAAAUCGUUCGAGGUACCAAUUAAAUUAGUGUUCCCGCAAGAUAUAUUAGAAAAAGGUCUUACCGCUAGCAACUUUGCUAUGUUGGGUUUGGGAGAUAUUGUUCUGCCUGGAAUAUUUAUUGCUCUUUUGUUACGAUUUGACAAUAGUUUGAGCAGAAAAACAAACGUGUACUUCUAUGCAACGUUUUUCGCAUACUUCAUGGGACUGUUGGCAACAAUGCUUAUUAUGCAUUUGUUUGAUCACGCACAACCGGCUUUACUGUACUUAGUACCUGCCUGUUUAGGAACUCCAUUACUUUUGGCGUUAGUUAAAGGAGAUAUAAAGGCAUUAUUUUCUUACGAAGAUCAUCCAGUUAUUACAAAAGAAGCAGAACAGUCGGCGCAAACACAAAUUGAAGGGAAAAAAGAAACAUAAUAUUCUUAUUUAAAAUAAUUGAUAUAAUAAAGUCUUCGGUAUUGAUAGUA